CGCUUCCCCCUGCCUCCUGUCCCGCUGCUCCUCUGCUUCUCGGCGGGGCGCCUUGCCAGGCUCUGCACACCCCUGGCGCCCACAGAAGCACUCCUUGCCCCUGUGUGAGCUGUCACCGCCGCUCCUGGCCCCAGACGCCAUGCAGGCCAUCAAGUGUGUGGUGGUGGGAGAUGGAGCCGUGGGCAAGACCUGCCUUCUCAUCAGCUACACCACCAACGCAUUCCCAGGAGAGUACAUCCCCACUGUGUUUGACAACUAUUCGGCCAAUGUGAUGGUGGACAGCAAGCCGGUGAACCUGGGGCUGUGGGACACUGCAGGACAGGAGGACUAUGACCGCCUGCGGCCGCUCUCCUACCCACAGACGGACGUCUUCCUCAUCUGCUUCUCCCUCGUCAGCCCGGCCUCCUAUGAGAACGUCCGCGCCAAGUGGUUCCCGGAGGUGCGGCACCACUGCCCGAGCACCCCUAUCAUCCUGGUGGGCACCAAGCUGGACCUGCGAGAUGACAAGGACACCAUCGAGAGGCUGAAGGAAAAGAAGCUGGCACCUAUUACCUACCCGCAGGGCCUGGCACUGGCCAAGGAGAUUGACUCGGUGAAAUACCUGGAGUGUUCAGCCCUCACCCAGCGAGGCCUGAAAACCGUCUUUGAUGAGGCGAUCCGGGCCGUCCUGUGCCCCCAGCCCACGCGGCCGCAGAAGCGCCCCUGCAUCCUCCUCUAGGGGUGGCAUCCAGCCCACUCAGUCAGAUGGUCUGACCGCCCAGGGUCCCCACCCAAAGCCCAGUGGUAUCCUGGCUGGCCACGCUGUCCCCCUCCUGUGGCGUUUCUUAGCAGAUGGCUGCAGAGCUUGGUUGACCAUUUUCUCUGUGCUGGAGGUCCUCUGGGGCCCAAAGGGUGUGAAUUUGCAGGUGCUGCAUCCCAACCCCCUCAUGUUCCUGCCUUCCCAGGAGCCAGAGGGGAGCCCCAGGACCCAAUAAGCCACCCCUGCAUUACUGUGGUCAGUGCCAGCUGCCACAUAUGGCAGUCUCUACCUGUGUAGUCCAGCCCACCCAACGCCUGCAUCCCCUCUGAACAUUCCGGGCCGAUGGCUGCGGCCCACCCCUCGUAUUCGUCCAGGGACGGGUCACGCUCCCCCCUGCUGCAGGCUCCUGCAAUACUGAUGGCCCUGCUUGUCAGACAGUCUCCUUCUACUGGCUAAAAUGAGUAUCUCAGAAGUUUGCUUCUCUUGUCUUCAUUCUCCUUUUGGGGACAAGAUAAAAUAGAUCAAAUUCCCUAAAUGUCCCUGACAAUACAGUAGUCCCCUAAUUCCCAGACAACAAAAUGCUUUGGGUUUCCACUUUCUGUUCUUCAAGAGCUCCCAGUUAUCCUCUCUGCCCCCAGAAGUCCUGAAGUUCUGAGGCAGGACCCUCCAGCUCACUGGCUUCCUGGUAUCAGUCAAUCAAAAACCUGCGUCCUGCUGAAUCCUGCCAUCUCUCAAGUCUUUCUGUUCCACUCACAGGAUCCUGAGCUGCAUUUGCCCAUGAGAGUCUUAAAACUUUCAGACCCUAUCAGUCAGAACUUUGGCUAUUGCGAAUAGAAAACCCAAUUCAACCUGCUUAAAGAGAAAAUAAAUUUAUUGAUUCAAGUUUGGAAA